AUGGCAAUGUUUUCCAGCCAGAUGACUUCCACUCCUUUCUCAGUGCGGGACAUACUAAACCUGGAGCAGAAUCAGGAGGACAUGGUCUCUUUGGACAUGUCUCAGCGGCUGGACAGUAGCCUUAUUCCUACAUCAUCCUGCAUGCUGUCAACUUUUAAACAAGAGCAGUUCAUGGAAAUGCCAUCCGGUGCCUCUCUUUUUAGCGAAGACCUUCAGGAGGACAAAGCCAACAAAAACGGCUCUCUGAACUUUAACACCGCUGCCUUUUAUGGGAAGAAUUACUUAGAAAUGGACUAUGUUAAAGACGCAAAGACGGAUGACACAUUUGAGGAAAAAGAGAAAAAGGACAUCAGCUGCUCUCAAGAAGAGCCGAGCGAGGAUCUUAAACUGGAGGAUCCCGAUCGUCCCAAACAGAGGAAACGAAGGAAGCCUCGCGUCCUCUUCUCUCAAGCGCAGGUGUACGAGCUCGAGCGACGCUUCAAGCAGCAGAAAUAUCUCUCUGCUCCUGAGAGAGAUCAUCUGGCCAAUGUGCUCAAACUCACCUCCACGCAGGUGAAAAUCUGGUUUCAGAACAGACGCUAUAAGUGUAAAAGACAGCGCCAGGAUCAGACCCUGGAGAUGGUGGGCAUCGCCCCUCCAAGACGCAUCUCCGUGCCUGUUUUGGUUCGAGACGGGAAGCCCUGCUUGGGAGACACGUCCACUUACAACACCUCGUACAAUGUGGGAAUCAAUCAUUUCACCUAUAACACGUACCCGGCGUUUAGUAAUUUCCCGAGUCCAGGCAACACGAACUACUCAUGCAACUACCCAUCGAGUAUGCCGACCAUCCCGUCCUCACAGUCAAACAGUAAUUACGUGAACUUUGGAGUUGGGGAUCUAAAUAACGUCCAGGCAUCAUUUCAGUCCAGCAGCGGGGUAUCAUCGUUACAUGGCAUCCGGGCUUGGUGAAAUGGACGAUAGACGAACUGCAUGUGUUAUUUCAGUAUAUCAUUGUGAUUAUUAAUGAUAGUUUACUGAAAAGCAGA